CUAUGGUUACCGACGAUGAUUUUGUUGAAGUCCCUCCCUCUGGGUUUGCUCCGUCAGUGCUCAGUCAAAUUCCUGCACUCUCACCACUUGACAUAUGUAAACAGUGAAGUUCACAUAAAACGGAUAAGAGCGACACAGAGCGAGUCAAUGAAUUCCUCCAGCCUGAAUUUCACUUUUCAUUCACCGGCUUCAUCGACUAAUUAAAGAGGUGGUUGCUAAGAGAUGACAAUCUGUGACAUUGGUGAAAGCCUCUGAUGUACAGCAGCCUGAGGCUCGACUUCUCCGGGCUCUGUUUCCUCCACACCUCUGUCCAUACCUGGCUCAUGUGAAGGACGCGGGAAACGCUCUGAUAUCAACAGACUCACAAUCACCAUGGCAGCUUGUACUGCUCCUUGCACCACCACCAAUACCACGACCAGCACGGUGGCCCAGACUGUAUGGCAAAGGCAAGGAAGCAGCGAAGAGGAGGGGAAAUGUGAGGAUGGGGACAUGGGACAAAACACUAUCCUGGAGAAAACCCGUGAGUUCUUCCAGAUGUGUGACAUCGAGAACAAGGGCUUCAUCAACCGACGUGAUAUGCAGAGGCUGAACGGAGAGCUCCCUCUCAGUGCAGAGGAGUUGGAGAAUGUAUUUGAUACCCUUGAUUCCGACGGCAAUGGAUUCCUUACCCUCGAUGAGUUCUCCUCAGGCUUUAGUGAGUUUUUAUUCGGCCGAAAGAUUUCUGUAGAGGAAGGCAUGGGGGACCAAAACCCCUGUAACAGCCCUCCAGAAGUCCUCUACCAGACUCACUGGGAGGACAACCUGGCAAGAGGUGAUGAGGAUGAAGAAGAGAAACACUUCCGGAUGCUAAUGGAAAGCCUCGGAGCCAACAGUGUCUUUGAAGAUCCUGCUGAGGUGCGCAGUUUGUGGGCCCAGCUGCGCCGGGAUGAACCACACCUUUUAUCUAAUUUUGAGGACUUCUUGGCCAGAGUGACAUCCCAGAUCAUAGAGGCCAACCAGGAGAAGAGUGAGAUGGAGAGUGCUCUCAAAAGGAAAGCAGCAACACAUGAUGAUGAGAUCCAGCGCCUCUAUGAAGAAAUGGAGCAGCAAAUAAAAAAUGAAAAAGAUAGGAUUGUGCUACAGGACUACGAGCGAUUUCUGUCUCGGAGCCAAGACCUGGAGCUGCAGCUGUCCAGUAAAGAGAAAGAGCUGGAACAACUUUUCCAGAAACAGAGGAGGUUGGAGUGCCAGUGCCAGGAACUUCACAGUGAACAACAUGUGACCAAGGUGGAGAACGUGAAGCUGAAACAGACGAAUGACGAGUUAGCACGGGAGCUGGAGCACACCAGCCAAGAGCUGAUUUUGGCACAGGAGCAGCUGAGUCUGCUGCAGGAGCAGUCCACACAAGUUCAUGAACAGAAGGAGAUGGAAGUUUACAGACUGACUGAGGGACUGCAGCGAGAGCGGGCAAGCCUCCUCAAACAACUGGACCUGUUGAGAGAAAUGAACAAACAUUUACGGGAUGAAAGGGACAUGUGUUAUCAGAAUCCAAAGAAUUUGAAGAAAACACCAAGUUUGAAGCAGAGGCCUUUAAUUGGUGUUGUGAAAAACACAAACACUAAUUUCUUCAAAAGUGGGGAUGUGGAGGAGCUGGCCUCCAGUGCUAUGAGGCAGAACCUAACCAACGGGGCAUGUCAGCCAUCUUGCCCAGCCGAGACAAGAGGGCACCUCCAGAGGAUCAUCUCUAUUGAAGAGGACCACCUCCCACACUUGCUCCAGACAGACUGUCCGGCUCAACCCCCACUUCAGGAGUAUAGCGAGGAAGCCUCUGAUAAUGAGGAGAAUAUAGACUUGGUAAUGAGUGAUAUUUACCCACACGAGUCCUCUGCUCAGCAGCAGCAGUCAAAGGGAAAUGUGGAGAAAAGGGAGACCCCCACAUCUCCAAGGGGUCAGCCUGUUGGCAAGGAGACCAGCAUAAAUGAGGAAGGUAGUCCCUCACCUCCAGACCGCCUCUUCAAGAUCGUUCUGGUGGGGAACUCUAGUGUAGGAAAGACGUCCCUCCUUCGACGAUUUUGUGAUGACUGCUUCCACCCUGGCACUUCUGCCACUGUGGGUAUAGACUACAGUGUAAAGACUAUAACUGUGGACGACAGCCAGGUGGCACUGCAGAUGUGGGACACAGCUGGACAGGAAAGGUAUCGAAGCAUUACCAAACAAUUCUUUCGCAAGGCUGACGGUGUGGUCGUGAUGUAUGACAUCACAGCCGAGCAGAGCUUCACAGCUGUCAGACAAUGGUUGACGAGUGUAAAGGAGGGUGCAGGUGAAGACAUUCCCAUCAUGCUUUUGGGAAACAAAACAGACAAGGAGAUUGAGAGACAAGUUCAGAAAGGAGUGGGCGAAAGACUCGCUAAGGACUGCCAAAUGACUUUCUAUGAGUGCAGUGCGUGCUCCGGACACAACGUGGUGGAAUCCAUGGUUCAUUUAGCCAGAAUUCUGAAGGAACAGGAGGACCGAGAGAAGGAGAAGACUGUGCAGCUGGUCAGCAGCCCCUCAGAGAAGAGAGAGAAGAAAUCCUGCUGCUAACAGCUGGAAAGUUAACACAUACACAGUAGCACUACCCUUUCCUGAGACACAUAAUGUGAUAGUGUGACCACUGUGUCAUUAAGGAAACAUUAUUUAAAAUGUCAGCUCAACUGCUUGUCACCCACUCUUCAGCCUUGUAGCAGUCACCAGAAUAUAUGAUGUUUCACAGAUGUUACUGCACUAUUAACAGCCUACUAUAUUUGAUUUCCUGUGGUAGUUGCAGUACAAAAAUAACCUCAAAUUUGUGGGUAAUGUUAUAUGAAGAUGUAGCGAAAUAAUAACAUUAAUAAUGAUUUAAGAAAAGUUCAGAUGUUCCCUUUGAGUUUUAGAUGUAAAAAUAACUGAACAAAUGUGUCCCUUUGGAAUCAAACUAAGACUGUUGCAGUUUUUAAAUGUAGGAUAUUCCCUCAAACUCUGACUAACUCUCAGAUAUUUAUUUAGCCUCCAAAGGCCCUUUGUCUGUCACAUUUGGGCAUUUUACUGUAUGUAUUAAUAUAUUCAUUCAGUGUUAUGUGUAAUGUUUUUGCUGUUGUCUUCUUCACCUUUUGUACACAUAUAUGACAUGGACAAAGUCACAUGAACACCUAAAAAUAGAAUGUAUUACCAGUAAACUCUACCUUAGUGAAGCUUUUAGUCAUCACUUCACUUUUUGUUGACAUUACAUAUUAUUAUUGUCAGAGAUGUGUUAAUUUAAUUGUGUGGUUAUUUGGCCCAAGAUUUUUGUGUAUGUGUGUGUGUGUGUGUAUGUGUGUGUGUGCAGUUAAAAUGAAAAUCAUUUGCUUUUACUCUACAUUUUACAGGUGUUCAUGUCAUUUUGUCCAUUCCAUGUAAAUUGGAAAGUGUGUGAUUUAUAAUUUUGUGCUGUAACUGUUGCACAGGAGGUUGGCUCAGUUGUGAUUUUGACAGGUGCAAGACAAUACAGCUAUAUUGUUUUUUCCCAACCAACCAAAUCAGGUUGAGUGCACAAAAUAUUUCACAUCACCUUAAUCUGCCUCAGUGCCCAGUAUGUUACAAAAAUAGUGUCACUGUAACAUGUUACAUAACUUAUGUUAUCUGUAUGUUACAGGAAGGUUACAGUUGUAGAUGUUUUGUUAAAAAGUUCAGAUUUUACUGUUUGAUAUUGCACUAUAAUCACUAACUCAAUAGUGCUUCACUACUGCCGGUAUCUUGCACAUCACUUUGUUGUAUGUAUAAAAAUGUAAAUAGCGUAAAACAAAUGACUAAAUAAAGAUUUGUUUAUGUGUGCAUCAUCUGUAAUAAAGUAAAUAAUUAAUUUCC